AUGCUGCAGCUGUACACUGCCUUUGAAAGCAAUCAUCGUCUGAACUUGCAAGAUAAAACUGAAACGUUUCUUGAAUUAUUCGGAAACACACUGUUGCGGGAAAACGUAGCGACUUAUUUGCGACAUGUCGCCAGUGAAUUCAUCAGGUAUGAUUUUGUUGGUCGUAAUAAAUUGGACCCGCCCAAACUUUUUGACAGAAUUGUGACAAGUUUCGAUUCUGGAGAUGAAAAUUUAUCGUUCAUUGAUCUUUCUAACUUAAAGUUUAAAGAAAGGGACAUACUUGAAUCAAUAUUCAAGUUUUGGAGAAAAAGCGAUACGAAGGAAUUUGAAAUCAACAAAAUUUGGGACUACCGGCUUCGGAAACAUCUUGGCACACGGUAUGAUGCCAUCCCAAAUGUUUUUGAUUGGGACUGCAGUAUAACCCUGCAUGACCGCAAAGCUGAACAGAUCGACAGCCGGGAAUAUUCUCGUUGGCGACAGUGUGGCAUGGCCUUUGAACUGCGUCAAGCGGAUUAUAUCGUUCCCAACCGGAGCUUAGCAUCAGGGAGGUCGUUUAAAACCCCAAAAGGCGAGACAAGCAUCUACUGGGGUUACUGGGGUGACAUAACUACGUCACCAUACAUAACCCUCGGUAUCAGGACGGACAAUCACCCAGAAUUAGCCAGACAAGUGAAUGGAAAGCGUGUCUAUGGAGCCACUACGGUAGCUGAAGUCAACGUCCGCGAAAUGCUCUGGAGGCUUGAACACCACCGUGAAUGUCCUAAGAAAAUUGCAGCACCGUUUUUAAAUAACAAGCAAGAUGAGAAACAGUCUGGAGAUACAGAGGAUACUACAGGGACGGAGAAUGAAGGCGAAAACUUUCAACUUGUAGACGAGAACCACGGCGAGUCAGCGAAUACCAAAGUGGUCACUUUUUCAGGUGGAGAUAUCUCGAACAUGGCUUCCUUUGAAACGCACCUGCGGGAAACCCCAUACGUUCCCGUACAACCAUCAGUCCCGGUGACAGUUAAAUACUUGCCAGUUAACUCUUUUCCCGACCUGCCAACUCGAUAUCAGUCAAUCAUCUUGGGAGAGAACCCACAUCCCAUCGAUAUAAUCUAUGUGGGGUGUGGUUUAGUCCAACUGUUGGACAGUGCAAACCUCAAACCAGUGCACAAUUCACGUUUCCCCGAAGCAGCUCUCAGUGAUGAUACAAUCAAUCCAAAAGAACAAACAUCUCCCAAUCCGAAGGAUCGGCAGUUUACUGAGAGCGAGCCCUGCACGGGCCUCAUGGCGCUGCUCAGCAGCAAAGCUAUUCUCAUUGUGGAGUCUGUGUUAUACAUUGUCGAGUUGCGGCCUGCCGAAAUCGAAGCUUAUGUGGAGCGAGUCACUAAAAUGGCUUCCGAGUUGGGGUUUAAACCUUCAAAGAAGCAUGAACCGAUGAAGGACUACCAUCUGAUUUUUGUACGCGAUUCUGAUGGGACCAAAAGUCCUCCGUGAUGUUUUUGCUCAAAAUCUACUGCAAAAUCUCCAAUCAUUCGGUGCAUUCUGAAAAACAAAAAUUUC